GGGCGGAAUAUCGAGCAGACGAGGGGAACCUCAAGAUUGUUGGACAAAAGGAAUAAACGCUCGACUAGUGGCACCUUUGCCCUUCGGGUCGUCACGCAAUGCAUGAUGGGGCAGCUAGCAAACACGAGCACUGCACAAGCUAAUACCGGUGGUGCGAGUGCAAAAGCUCGUGUGGCUUUUUGAGGCUUCUGACCCUGGACAAUAUAUAAUCCACAUAUAAGAUAUCAAAUUUUGUGCAGUCGGUUGUGGCGUUUGUCCGGCGUGCCCGCCGUCGGCUUCCGCGGCACGAAGACGUCCACGAUGGGUGUGACCGAGCAACACUUUGAGGAGGCCAAGGAGAAACUUUCCUCGUUGAAGAAAGAUCCCGGCAAUGAUGUCAAACUCAAGAUCUACGCUCUCUUCAAACAGGCCACGCGCGGCCCGUGUGACACCCCCAAACCCGGAAUGCUGGACUUCAUCAACAAGGCCAAAUGGGACUCGUGGAAGUCGCUGGGAUCAAUCACGCAGGAUGAGGCCCGGCAGCAGUACUGCGAUCUGAUCGGCUCCCUGGUGGCGGCAGAAGACGGCGGCUCCGCCCGGGAGUCCGCCGGCGCCGGCGCCGGGGUCGGCCCUCGCGCUUACGACUCCCUAUUGGUCAGCACGGAGGAUGACAUCACCACCAUCACGCUGAAUAGACCGGCCAAGAAGAACGCCAUCACCACCCAGAUGUACGAGGAAAUCAUCGAGGCCCUCCAGGAAGCGGCGCGAGGCCCCUCGGUUGUCACCGUCUUCACCGGCGCCGGCGAUUUCUACUGCAGCGGGAACGACCUGAGCAACUUCACCAAGAUUCCCGAGGGAGGAGUGGAGCAGAUGGCCAAAGCCGGCGGCGAGCUGCUCAGGAAGUUCGUCAAGGCCUUCAUCGACUUCCCCAAGCCGCUGGCGGCGGCGGUCAACGGACCGGCCGUGGGGAUCUCCGUCACCGUCAUGGGAAUGUUUGACCUGGUCUACGCUAGCGAGAGAGCCACCUUCCACACUCCCUUUAGCCAACUGGGUCAAAGUCCAGAAGGCUGCUCGUCGUACACGUUCCCUCGCAUCAUGGGAUUCAGCAAGGCCAAUGAGAUGCUGCUGUUCAACAAGAAGCUGACGGCGGUCCAGGCGUGCCAGCUGGGCCUGGUGACGGAAGUGUUCCCCGACAGCAGCUUCCGGACGGAAGCGUGGAGCCGACUGAGAAGCUACGCCAAGCUACCUCCCGACUCUCUGGCGCUGUCCAAGCAGCUGAUCCGCUCGGUGGAGAAGGAGCGCCUCCACGCCGUCAACGACGCCGAGGUGGAGCGUCUGAUGGAGCGUUGGACGUCGGACGAGUGCUUCAACGCUGUCAUGGAUUUCUUUCGGUCCAAAGCCAAGCUGUGAGCGCGGCGACGUGCUUCCGACCGAUUGGCCGUCCGAGGUGAAGGAUCGAGUGCCCGAAAUCAAUCGCACGCCACCCGAGUUGCGUGGGUGACAAAUAAAAUGUUUGUGAUGUGCA